ACAGGGCGGCAGGGCAGAGCAGGGACGGCCAGGAGGAAGGGCAGCUUGGCGGGGCCUCAGGAUGGACCCCUUCGCGGACACCCUGCGGCGGCUGCGGGAGGCCUUCGGCUCAGGGCGGACGAGGCCAGCUGAGUUCCGGGCGGCGCAGCUCAAGGGCCUGGGCCGCUUCCUGCGGGACAACAAGCAGCUUCUGCAGGAGGCGCUGUUGCAGGACCUGCACAAGUCAGCCUUCGAGGCAGAGGUGUCUGAGAUCAGAAUCAGCCAGAUGGAGAUUGACUUGGCCCUCAGGAAUCUGAGGGCCUGGAUGAAGGAUGAGAAAGUGCCCAAGAAUCUGGCCACACAGCUGGACUCGGCCUUCAUCCGGAAGGAGCCCUUCGGCCUGGUGCUCAUCAUUGCCCCCUGGAACUACCCUGUGAACUUGACCUUGGUGCCCCUGGUGGGUGCCCUCGCUGCAGGGAACUGCGUGGUGCUGAAGCCAUCGGAGUUCAGCAGGAGCACCGAGAAGAUCCUGGCUGAGGUGCUGCCCCGAUACCUGGACCAGAGCUGCUUUGCCGUGGUGCUGGGAGGGCCCCAGGAGACCGGGCAGCUGCUGGAGCACAAGUUUGACUACAUCUUCUUCACGGGGAACCCCCGAGUGGGCAGGAUCGUCAUGGCUGCCGCCGCCAAGCACCUGACACCCGUCACGCUGGAGCUGGGGGGCAAGAACCCCUGCUACGUGGACGACGACUGCGACCCCCAGACCGUGGCCAACCGCGUGGCCUGGUUCCGCUACUUCAACAGCGGCCAGACCUGCGUGGCCCCCGACUACGUCCUGUGCAGCCCGGACACGCAGGAGCGGCUGCUGCCCGCCCUGCAGAGGGCCAUCACCCGCUUCUACGGCGAGGACCCCCGGAGCUCCCCGAGCCUGGGCCGCAUCAUCAGCGAGAAGCACUUCCGGCGGCUCCGGGGCCUGCUGGGCUGUGGCCGCGUGGUCAUCGGCGGCCAGAGCGACGAGAGCGACCGCUACAUCGCCCCCACGGUGCUGGUGGACGUGCAGGAGACCGAGCCGGUGAUGCAGGAGGAGAUCUUCGGCCCCAUCCUGCCCAUCGUGAACGUGAGGAGCCUGGACGAGGCCAUCGACUUCAUCAACCGUCGGGAGAAGCCCCUGGCCCUGUAUGCCUUCUCCAACAGCAAUCAGGUGGUCAAGCGAGUACUGGCCCAGACCAGCAGCGGGGGCUUCUGCGGGAACGACGGUUUCAUGCACAUGACCCUCGCCAGCCUGCCUUUUGGAGGAGUGGGUGCCAGUGGGAUGGGCAGCUACCACGGCAAGUUCUCCUUCGACACCUUCUCCCAUCACCGUGCCUGCCUGCUGCGCCGGCCCGGGCUAGAGAAGAUCUACUCCCUCCGCUACCCGCCCUACUCGCCUCGAAACCUGAGGAUGCUGCUGGUGGCCAUGGAGGCCCGCAGCUGCAGCUGCACCCUGCUCUGAGCCUGGCUCACACCUGUGAGUCUGCUGCCCCUGCCACCUGCAGCCAGUGCAGAUGUGCCUGAGGCUCACACCCAAGGAGGAAAAGACCACAGCCCAGACCAGUGCCUGCCCUCGUCCCCCCUGGGGCUUCUCUCUGUGAGCCCUCAGCCUCCUCCUCCCUCAACUGCCCCCCAACUAGGACAGGCCAAGGCAAGGGAGCAUGGGAAACAAUGCGGUAACCUGCUUCCCUG